CCAUUUGCCGGAGCACAGGGGGAGUUAGGGAGGACAUUGUUUUAAUUAAAAGUGAAGGAGCAGUGGGCAAAACGAACGUGCUGACUGCUGUGGCUGGACGUCAGGUUGGCGGUGCCGCGCGUGCGCACCCCCAGCCGUAGAGUACAGUAAUGAGUUGGUGGCCUAGCAAUCUCCAAAGUUGCCAGAACAAAGGGGAUUUGGUGAUGGAGGCUUUGUUGGAAGGAAUACAAAAUCGUGGACAUGAAGGGGGAUUUUUGACAUCCUGUGAAGCAGAACUACAGGAGCUCAUGAAACAGAUUGACAUAAUGGUAGCUCAUAAAAAAUCUGAGUGGGAAGGACAGACACAUGCUCUAGAAACUUGCCUGGAUGUCCGUGAACGGGAACUCAAGGCUCUCAGGAGUCAGUUGGAUAUGAAACACAAAGAGGUUGGAAUGUUGCGUCAGCAGGUAGAAGAACAUGAAAAAGUCAAGCAAGAGAUGGCCAUGGAGUAUAAGCAGGAGUUAAAGAAACUACAUGAAGAAUUAGGCAGAUUGAAGAGAAGCUAUGAAAAGCUACAGAAAAAGCAUGUAAGAGAUUUCAGAGGAAAUACCAAAAAUCACAGGGAAGAUCGGUCUGAAAUUGAGAGGUUAACUGGAAAAAUAGAGGAAUUUCGUCAGAAAUCACUGGACUGGGAGAAGCAGCGCCUGAUUUAUCAGCAACAAGUAUCUUCUCUGGAGGCACAAAGGAAGACUCUGGCUGAACAAUCAGAGAUAAUUCAGGCUCAGCUUGCCAAUCGGAAACAAAAAUUAGAGUCUGUAGAGUUGUCUAGCCAGUCGGAAAUCCAGCACCUGAGCAGUAAGCUGGAGCGGGCCAACGACACUAUCUGUGCCAAUGAGUUGGAAAUAGAGCGCCUCACCAUGAGGGUCAAUGACUUGGUUGGAACCAAUAUGACUAUUAUGCAAGAGCAGCGGCAAAAAGAAGAAAAAUUGAGGGAAUCUGACAAACUGCUAGAGGUUCUACAAGAAGAAAAGAGAGAAUUGAAGGCUGCUCUUCAGACUCAAGAAAAUUUUAUCCGUGAAGCAAGAAUACAAAAGGAGAAGCUCCAAGCAAAAUUAAAGGCAGCUGACACUCAACACACAUUAGAGACCAUGAGGUCACUGGAGGAGGCUCAGGAAGAAAGGGGGUAUCCCUCUCAAGGGCAGGGGGACUUGGAGAAAGUGCUCUCCCGGCUGGAUUUUACCCACACUAGUGAAGAACUUCUCCAAGCGGAGGUGACUCAUCUGGAAGGCAGCUUGGAAUCUGUGAGUGCUACAUGUAAACAGCUGAGCCAAGAGCUAAUGGAAAAAUAUGAAGAGCUGAAGAAGAUGGAAGUGCAUAACAAUGAGUACAGGGCUGAGAUUAAGAAGUUGAAAGAACAGAUUUUACAGGCCGAACAGAGUUAUAGUUCUGUCCUAGAAGGAAUGAAGAUGGAGAUUUCCCAACUAACUCGAGAGUUACAUCAGCGAGAUAUCACUAUUGCUUCCACCAAAAGUUCUUCAUCUGACAUGGAAAGGCGACUUAAAGUAGAGAUACAAAAGGCAGAAGAAAAAGCAGUAGAGCAUAAGGAGAUUUUGAAUCAGCUGGAGUCACUCAAAUUAGAAAAUCGUCAUCUUUCUGAAAUGGUGAUGAAAUUGGAAUUGGGUUUACAUGAGGCAAAAGAGAUUUCACUAGCAGACCUCCAGGAGAAUUAUAUUGAGGCAUUAAAUAAAUUAGUGUCUGAAAAUCAACAACUACAGAAAGAUUUGAUGGAUACCAAAUCCCAGCUGGAGAUUUCUACUCAGAUGUGCAAAAAAAACCAUGACAGGAUCUUUAAACCAACACAUAGCAGAAUACCUGUGUUCAAGCCAGCCCAUGGCCAGCACAGGCAGGAUGGGAUGCAGACUGAGCACUACAAGGCAGGUCUUCACUCUCCAAGAGGACAAGCAUCGGAUAGCAUAGAGCCCCUGUCCAGGGGCCUCAGCCCCGCGAGAAGUCAGAUCAGCCCUUGCUGCUCCACCAUGUCUCUGCCGUCUAACUUUCUCUCCAAAACUCACUCUCUGCCUUCAGUGCUAGAUACAAAUGAAACCAAUUUUUCUGACACUAUCUCUGAGAGUAUAAAUGACCAAGAAGACUUUAUAUCUUCGUGUCCCUUGCCUCUGUCUCCUCUUGGUUCAAUUGCUACAAGAUUUUUGGAAGAGGAGGAACUGAGGUCUCAUCAUAUUCUCGAGCGCCUGGAUGCCCAUAUUGAAGAACUAAAACGAGAGAGUGAAAAGACAGUGAAACAAUUCACAGCCCAAAAGUAGCCUCCUAAAAAAUCACAAACAUGGAAUAAAAAUAAACACUGAGGAGUUACUGUCAUCAUGAAGUAGCGGCUCUUUGAAAGCAUGAACGUAUAAAAACCGUGAAGAUGAGACUGCUGUGAGGAAUCUGAGAAACUGAUACUUAGCUCUGAGGUGUUUUCACUGCACUUGUUUGUUUGAAGGACAUUUUCCAGCAGUAACUUGUAAAUAAACCACUUUGCUAGACUUUUUUUCUCAUAUUAAUAUUUAUUGUCAUAAAAUGAGACUUUCUCUUGCUGACUUAAGCGUGAAUAGACUAAUUAAAAUAAAAAUUUUAUGAUGCAUGUUGAAAA